CCGUGGUGGCCGUGGUGAGUUUGGCAGAGGCUGACUGAAGGGCAGAGGGAUUAGAAGGAAGUCGAUGCGCGCGCUGCUCCGCAGCUGCGCAUCCGCAUUGCCAGCGCCUGCCACGCCAUGGGCUGUGAUGGCUGCAGGUGGACAUGCAGCAGCUCUCUUCCACGACGGCCCUGUGCGCCCUCGCUGCAAGGGGCUGCUGACGUCUGCUGGCGCGCACGUCGGGAAUGUCCUGCUGCGAAAGCUGUGCGGGUCGCUGAUCGCCUUCCCUCCCCUCCAGGCGGCGGACGCGGCGGCUCUCGUGGCGGCCCGCCGGGCCGUGGUGGCGGCCGUGGCGCGCCUCGCGGUGCCCGGGGCGGCCGUGGCGGCGCGCGCGGCGGCGCUCGCGGCGGCUCCAACGUCGUGGUCAAGCCGCAUCGCCACGCCGGCAUCUUCAUUGCCGAGGGCAAGGAGCACCUGCUCGUCACGAAGAACCUCGUGCCCGGCGACUCGGUGUACGGCGAGAAGCGCAUCUCCGUCGAGACGCCCGGCGCGGGGCCCGACGGCGCCGCCACGAAGACCGAGUACCGCGUGUGGAACCCGUUCCGCUCCAAGCUGGCCGCCGGUGUGCUCGGCGGCCUGGACCACAUCCACAUUGCGCCCGGCAGCAAGGUGCUCUACCUCGGCGCCGCCAGCGGCACGUCCGUCAGCCACGUGGCCGACGUCGUGGGUCCGGAGGGCACCGUGUACGCCGUCGAGUUCAGCCACCGCUCUGGCCGUGACCUGAUCAACAUGGCCAAGAAGCGCACCAACGUUAUCCCCAUCAUCGAGGAUGCGCGUCACCCGCAAAAGUACCGCAUGCUCGUGGGCAUGGUGGACUGCGUCUUUGCCGACGUGGCACAGCCGGACCAGGCGCGCAUUGUCGCGUACAACUCCUCACACUUCCUGCGCGACGGCGGCCACUGCGUCGUCUCCAUCAAGGCCAGCUGCAUCGACUCGACGGCCGUGCCGGAGGCCGUGUUUGCGGCCGAGGUCAAGAAGCUGCAGGAGAGCGUGAGUUGCCGAAGCACGCGGCGAACGCAGAAGCCCACGCCCUGGCUGACCACCCCCUCUUGUCCCCCGCAGAGCUUCCGCCCGCGCGAGAUGAUCACGCUGGAGCCGUACGAGCGCGACCACUCGAUGGUCGUCGCCACGUACCAACGGCACAAGUAGACUGCUGCCUUCUCUCUCGGGUCUCCGUUUUCCUCUUCUUGGUCUCUCUGAUGGUUUCUGUUCCGUUC